CCCCACCGACUUGCACGGUGGCAUGAAGGGUGCCAAGCUCUCUGUCAAGUCCAAGACUUACCAUGAAGUCGUGCUUUCCGCUGACUACUUUGCUUUUGCUCCCAAGACCCCUUAUCCUGAGUGCAAGAAGCUCAAGCCAACUCCCGCCCCCUACGUCUACAAGUCCCCGCCUCCACCUCCAUCCACCUAUGUGUACAAGUCACCUCCUCCGCCACCGUACGUCUACAAGUCUCCCCCACCUCCACCACCCAAAUACAUUUAUAAGUCUCCUCCCCCGCCGCCUUACGUCUACAAGUCUCCACCACCCCCACCUCCCACUUAUGUCUACAAGUCGCCUCCUCCGCCUCCUUACAUCUACAAGUCUCCACCCCCACCACCAUCCCCGUAUGUUUAUAAGUCCCCUCCGCCACCACCUUAUGUCUACAAGUCUCCUCCUCCUCCGCCCUACAUUUACAAAUCUCCUCCCACCCCCCCACCAUCCCCAUAUGUCUACAAGUCUCCUCCGCCACCACCUUACCUCUACAAAUCUCCACCACCUCCUCCCUAUGUGUACAAGUCUCCCCCACCUCCGCCUUACAUCUACAAGUCUCCACCACCACCUCCGCCCUCACCUUAUGUCUACAUGUCUCCUCCCCCACCACCUUACAUUUACAAGUCCCCACCGCCACCUUAUGUCUACCGGUCUCCACCGCCGCCCCCAUAUGUCUACAAAUCACCGCCUCCACCACCUUACAUUUACAAAUCACCUCCACCACCAUCUCCAUCACCACCACCUCCUUACAUCUACAAAUCACCUCCACCACCAUCUCCAUCGCCGCCACCUCCUUACAUCUACAAAUCACCCCCACCACCAUCUCCAUCGCCGCCUCCUCCCUAUGUAUACAAAUCACCCCCACCACCAUCUCCGUCGCCGCCUCCUCCCUAUGUAUACAAAUCACCUCCACCCCAUCACCACCAAAUCUCCACCACCAUCUCCAUCGCCGCCUCC